UCUGUGCUCGUGACAAAUUAACCUAAAAAUUAAAAAUUCUUUCCUCGGGAAACACAUUUUUUCCAUGAAAACCAGAGUUGUCUCUGAUGAAAGCAUAAGAAUUGGAUGAAAUUCUAAUUCGAAAUAAGAUAAGGAUAAUUUCUAAUCCUUAUAUGAAAAAUGGCUUUCAGAGUGUCGAAUAUUCUCACCUUAAAACUCCUCAAGGAAAAACAAGCCGGCCUUCUUAUUCCUCUGACCAACAAUAUAAAAGAAACAGUUCGUUUCAGUAGACAGAAACAUUGGGAUCCAAAAUUUAAAUGGAUGAGGAGAGCAAAAGUUAUUAAGGUGGAUCUUCCGAACUUCAGGGAGGAUCUUGAUAGCAUUAGUGAAGAAGAAGUUAGAUCGAGAUUAAAGGAAAGGGGUAUACUACCUAGAGCACCAUACAGGGAGACAUCUAUGUUUGUCAGUUGUACUGGCGGUGUUUUUGAACCAUAUGUACCACCAGAAGGGGAUGGCAAAGUAUCUCCCAUAACAGCACAGGGUGCAAAACAAAAGUUACAAUUCCUUGAGAAGAAGUCAAAAACAAUGAUGGCCAUCAGAAAAGUGAGACAAUUUGACGAAGAUUUUGAUUCACCUCGGUUUUUGAAGGAGGCUGAAGCUAUAUAUAAAAAAAUGCAUGAAUGUAUGGUUAGUCAAGACCUGGAUGAAAUUCAGAAAUAUGUUACAGAAAAAGCUUAUCCUGAAGUGACACAUAAUCUAGAAAGCAAAACAAUUAGAUGGAAGUUUUUGGAAAAUGUAGAACUACCAUAUAUUGUUCAUGCUAGGUGGACAGAUGUUAUCACCAAGGAAAAUAUUUUCUGCCAAAUAACAGUCAGGUUUCAUAGUAAGCAGUGUCUUGCAAUUUACGAUCGAUUUGGCAGGUUAAUGCAUGGUAGUGAAAUUUUGGCAAAGGAUGUAUUAGAGUAUAUAGUGUUUGAAAAACAUUUAUCUAAUGAGUAUGGUUUAUGGAGGGUACAUGCAAAGAUUAUACCUGACUGGUUGCCACCUAAAGAGCCCGCAAAAAUUACUUUCAUUAAACCUAAAGAGCCAAUUGUGGAAGAUAUAACAGCUAAAGACAGUGUUGGCGAAAAGGUUUUACUUGAUGAGCAACCUCCAAAAAUUGAAGGAAAACCUGAUAAUGUAGUGUCGGCUUGAUGUAACCAUGUAUUUGAAUUUUCUGAAUAAAUAGAGUGAUUCUUCUCUUCAUCUA